AAUUUGUAGAUUUCAGUAAGGAAGAAAGAUGGAGAGGAGAAUGGCGAGAAUAUGUCCCGCAGGUAAGCAUGCCUGGCCAGAGCUUGUUGGAAAAGAUGGGAAAUAUGCAGCAGCUAUUAUAGAAAAAGAGAACAAUGUGAAAGCAAUCGUGGUCAAGGUUGGAACAUAUGUGCCAAAAGAUUUCGUGUGCUACAGGGUCUGGGUUUGGGUGGAUGAAAAUAAUGUGGUCAUUCGAACUCCUAUGGUGGCUUAAACAAUAAACGUCAUAUAAUAUGAAAUAAAAAGUCUUUGUACUUUGAGAC